AUGGUGGAGCAGUCGGACCGAGCCCCGCUGCUGGACUGGGAGGAGAUCCCACCGCCGGACCCGAACCAGGCGAGCCAGCCGCCGCCUCGGGAGGAGGACGCGGCGGCGGAGAAAAGUUCGCAGCCGGCCGGGAGGCGCACACCGACCGGCGCUGCGGCCGGAACCACUGGGUGGAGCAGCACCACCACCAACACCACCGACACCAUCAUCACCUGCAGCCCCACACGGAGCCUCACAGCGGUCGUUGCCAGCGGGGACGCGGGGAGCCCGAGGCGGCCGAGGACGGAGCUCUCUGCAUGGGAUCGCCCGGAGCCUCUCGGCACGGAUCGGGGCGUUCCCUUCCCCGGCCUGGUGCGGGACCAGUGGGAGGAGAAGGACCAGAUCGUGGCCGUGUUUGUUGUUACCUUUGAUACGAGAUCAGGGAACAUGGUGGAAUGGUGUCUGCCUCACGACAUCAACCUGGACGGAGUGGAGUUCAAGUCGAUGGCCAGCGGCUCCCAUCGGAUCACCAGCGACUUCAUAUAUUUCCGUAAGGGCUGUUACUUCGGGCUGGCCUGCUUCGCUAACAUGCCUGUGGAGAGUGAACUGGAGCGAGGAGCGAGGAUGAAGUCUGUGGGAAUCCUGUCUCCGUCCUACACUCUGCUUUACCGCUACAUGCACUUCCUAGAGAACCAAGUCAGACACCAGCUGCAGUGUCCAGGCCAGUAUUCUCCACUAGAGGCCUUCUAUGAGGAUAAGAAGGCUGUUCUCCCCCCAACAGGAAACGGUCUGGUCAACGCCUGUCCCACCUGGAGCGUGACCACCAUCAACCGCUGCAUGCACCCAGAAAUGAAGAUCACCCACCCGGCUGGCUGUAUGUCCCAGUUCAUCCAGUUUUUCGGGGAGCAGAUAAUGGUUUUGUGGAAGUUUGCUUUACUUCGGAAACGUCUCCUCAUCUUCUCUCCUCCGCCUGUAGGCGUGGUCUGCUAUAGGGUGUAUUGCUGCUGCUGCCUGGCCAACGUUUCUUUACCUGGAAUUGGAGUUUCUGUGCCUGAAUUGAGGCCUUUCUUCUACAUCAACAUAGCCGACAUCACCACCCUGGAAACAGAGAUGUCCUACGUGGCCUGCACCACAGAGAAGAUUUUUGAGGAGAAGAAGGAACUGUACGACGUCUACAUCGAUAACCAGAAUGUGAAAACUCAUAGAAGCCAUUUGCAGCCGCUGCUCAGACUGAAUGCAGCAGAUAAGGAGAAGUACAGGAAACUGAGUGAACAGAGGCAGCUGUUGCUGUAUUCUCAGGAGGUGGAUGAAGACUGCACGUCAAACGAAGAGGAUCUUUUCAUUCUGUUCUUCAUGGAGCUGAAUAACCGCAUCUUCCAGACGCUGUCGGAGGUAGCAGGGAGCAGCGAUCCUACCCUCACCGCUGAGCAUGUGAGGGCGAUGGGGCUGGACCCCCAGGCUGAUCGCUCCUUCCUGGUCGACCUGCUGGAGGUGUACGGCAUCGAAGUAACGCUGGUCAUAGACAACCUCUGCUGCCCCUGAACCCUCUUUUUCACCCUGAGAAACUUGGAUACCACUGGAUUAUCUGUGCCUACACGGCCUCUACACACACACACACACACACACACACACACACACACACACACACACACAGACACACACAAAGACACACAAAGACACUGAAGACACUGCCUCCACCCUGGGACUUCAUGUGUUGCCUGCUGUCCCCUCCUGGGUGUCUGUUUCCCGUCUGUGUGUCUCAUCCGACCAGCAGACAGUUUUUUUCUACCCACAGUGGGUGAUAAGGACACCUAAACGUGAUACACUGGUUCAUGGUGGCUGAUAAAGACCUGCCUAGAGGACAGCUGCAGCUCUUACAGCCAUUCUCAUCUCAUGUCACUCACUCGGUACUGUUGUUGUCGGAAAUAUGGAUCUCUUCUGUGUGUUUGACUUGAUUCUGGCCUAAAUAGCCAAAACUGAAGCACUGGAUGGAAAUAUUAAAUAUCUUCUUGGACUCUGGUCCUGACCACAGGACGACUGAUUGUUCUCCACGACACUUGUUUCAGUUCAGACGUCAGUCUCACCAUCCUGCAGCUUUAUGUCCACUUCCAGCUCGUCUCAAGGAUAGAUUUAUAUUGGGGAACGCUUCGAAUUCCUUCUCUGGAAAACCAAACUUCUGCUGUCGUCCCGUACUUGGAUGUCUUUUCUUGUUCUGGUAAAAUCGUAAAAACGAAAGCUUUUUCACCACUUUAUUUGCCUUUUGAAAGGAAGCAAUAGGAGUCUGUGUGUUCAAAGUGUUGCCCUUUGUAUGUAAAUUCACCCUCGCAGCCUCUUCUAGUUUUUGCUAUUUCUUCCUGAGUGUAACUGAACGGUUAGACUACAAAUGAAAUAUUUUGUGUGCUAUCCUCUUUAUAAUGGGGAGGGUUGAUUAAUAUGAAGCUGAAUAAGAAGAAAGAACCUGCUGUAAAUGUUCACCUUAAUGCACCUUGGACACAGAGAGGAUCUGAUCGUGUUGCUCUGUGUGAUUGGUGCUCUCUGGAACUGUUUUUUUGUUGUGUUUUGUCGUUUGUCGUGAGUCGGUGGAGGGUUUUUUAAUGAAUGUGAUUCUGGAACACUAUGUUUUCAUGAAUGCUGCACCGUGUCCACCACUGGACAGCUUCCUGACGUACACAGUCAUGCUUAAUGCAACGUUUUCUGUGCUGUGUUUAUGAUUUGUAGUCUAUGAAAGCCUGUUUCUGUCACUUGGAGAAAAAAAAGUCACAUACUAUCUCAUAAUCAUGAGAUAGAAAGUCAUAUUUAUGAGAUAGUAAGUCACAAUUAUGAAUUACAAACUCAGAAUUCUGACUUUCUAUUUCAUAAUUUUGACUUUCUAUCUCAUAAUUAUGACUUACCAUCUCAUAAAUAUGACUUUCUAUGAGAUAGAAAGUCAUAUUUAUGAGAUACAAACUCAUAAUUAUGACUUUCUAUCUCAUAAUUAUGUGUGUCUCAUAAUUAUGAGAUAGUCAUUAUUAUGACAUACAAACUCAGAAUUUUGACUUUCUAUCAUAAUUUGGACUAUCUAUGAGAUAGAAAGUCAUAUUUAUGAGAUACCAACUGAUAAUUCUGACUUACGGGUUUCCCUAACAAUCUGAGCCAGCAAGUAGCUGAAUAUUAGAGUUUUUAUCCACUGUAGAGCAUCAGAUAGCACCAGUCUCUUGUGAUCCUGCUGAGUGAAGAGCCCUCGAUGGAGCCGCUUUUAGUCUUACUUGUUGAUCAGCUUCAAAGAGAUGCUUUCUGCCGGAGACAAAGAUCUCUUUGUGUGUGUUUUCUGUUGAUAUCCUGACGAGAGCCGAGCAGAAGCUUGAACUCCUCCUCUGUGGGCAGAUUCUCAGAAAGGCUGGCGUCUGUUCCAGCUGAGGGUUUCUCUCUGUCCUUUCAUCGUGGUCCCAUUGAGCCAAUGCAGCUUUAGAGAUGCGCCAACUGUGUCUUUUGAAUCCGCUGGCAGACGGCUCUCAGUUCGUCCAUCACGUUGCCAAUCACAGCGAUAAUUUGUUCCAUGUUGGAACACAUGAGGCGAGUGUUUGCCUCGUAUAAAUGUGAGGUAGUGGUUCUCAACCUUCUCGUGCCCCGAUGCAAGCUAAAACACCAAGUAUUUUUUAAAUCAUGUCUUUUUAAUCAACAUUUUUUUCAUUCUCAAAUUAAAAAAAUAGAAAAAAGAAUCUUAUGGGGGUUCAUCCCCAGGUGAAGAACUGCUGAUUUAAAGUGAGUUUCUAGCAUGAAUUGUUUCUUGAGCUCCUCAGGAUGCUUCCUGGUUUGGUUAAAAAUAAAGAAAGUGCACUAAAUGUUGUCUGAGAGAACAGGGCAGUUGUUGAGCUGUGUUUCUUUUAAAUGGGGCCUUAUGAAAAUGUGACUUUCUCAAACUGAUUUCUGUGCAUCAACAUUAUUUGCUGAAAGAUUAAGCUCAGUCAUUAGCACUCCUGAAUGACCUUUAGUGUCUCCACUGGAACCUGCCGGGUCUAUUUACUCGUCAGCUGAUGUGUUCUCUCUCCUCUGACGGCGUUUGCUUUACAGGUGUCUGUUUAAUGUAAAAGGGAAUGUACACAACACACACCACUGUAUAAAAUGCCUUCUUUGUGGAGCCGUUCACCAGCAUCAGCUAAACUAAUCGUCUGUACAGAGUCACUCUCCUGAAUGUCAGACAGCGAACGUAUUGCACACAUGCAGCAACACAUCCAAGUAGUGUAACCGUCUCCUUCUUUAUUGUAAAUCAAGAAUAGUCACAGAAUAACGAAUAAGUCUUCACCUUUACUAAUGUGAAACACUGUAAGAGAUGUCAGUAAUGUACACAUAAACUCAAUAGCAUGAGCAACUGUCAGUUCCACUGUACUGCCAUUGUAAAACAAUAAAACAUUGAUACUGUUGAAGCAUUA